AUGCUUUCCGAAGUAUUUUUGGUGCUUGCGGGCCACGAAAGCGCUUUGUUCAUUGGCUCGACAUUAAAUCCCAGAUAUUCAUCACUCCAAAUUCAUCCUGGCGAACAACAAUGUCUCGAAUCUCUAGCACAACUCGGCUCACGCUAUCGUAAACUUAUAGCCUCAUGCAAGUCCCAAUCGCGCUCUUCGUCAAGAUAUAUUUGCGCUGCAGUAUCAGCCACCAUGUCUGUUCUCAGCGAAUAUCAGUCUCUCGUUGUUGCCACUGAGGCUAAAGUCCUUUCAAGAGAUUCGAACCUUGUUGCGAGCGCCUCAUUUGUUCCCCUUUCCGCCAUCCGAUCCGUGUUUGCAGAAUGGGAUGCCCCACUCGCCAGCCUUGUUUCGCUAAUGGACCAGUUAGAGGCUGAAACCUGGAACCCUGGCCCGCUUAUCGACAUGCUUCUCACUCGGGCACAGACUGGUGUCCACAGAGUCGCAGAGAUUAUGUCUCGCUUGGCUGUCUCCGUUCAAAACAUAUGGACAACACAAAUAACCGCUUUCAUGGUCCAUGGAACCCUCUCCCAAACAGACGCUCUUGCGACGACAAAUUACGUGCUUCGUGAUGGCUCAAUGCCCGCAUGUGUAUCUGAGCAGUCAAGAGACUCGAUUGCCUAUGUAGGCCGAGCCAUUGCAACGGUUAAAGCAGCCCAAUGGCAGAAACAACUACCACGUCGUCUUGCCAAUGAACAUACGCAACUACUCCAAAAUGUUUUGCCAGAAGACAACGAGUUCGAUCAAGUCAUUUCCCAAAUCAGAACAGAUGUCAGUGAAUGGUUGUGGACCAAUGUUCUUACUCGACAAGACGUUGAAGAAGCUCUCGAUUCACUCGGGAACUACUUUCUGCUACGCAAUGGGGAGUUUGCACAGUCAGUGAUACGCGAAAUCGAACGCCUCAAGCUCUCUCGAUUGACUAUGCGAUCUGGACCUGCCUCAAUCAUCCGUGAACAGGAUCUCAACCUCGCGUUACUUCGAGCAUCCCUUGGCACCACCGCUCAGCACGACCCGAAAUUAUCACUCCUGCAGUUUUCUCUUCCCGCUGGUCCACUACGACCUCUUUUACCUUCGUUGAGUCACACAGAAUAUCCCAAGCCAACAUCUGUGUCGGCGAGUUACAUCUCCCCAGAUCCUUCUUUGUUUAGUUUCAGCUCCCAUCUCCUCGGUUCAACGCCGUUGACGCUGACCUACAAAGUAUCUUGGCCAUUAGACCUCUUUUUACACAAAUCUGAUCUUGCGAUAUACGCUACUCUAUUUUCCUACCUUUCCGCACUCAGAAAAACUCACAUGCGAGUUCAUACUUGCUGGACCUCACUGUCGAAUGCACAACGAGCUAGAAGGCGAUGGACUGGCCUGGGCGAAGGCGGUACCGAUGAAGACUUACAAGUCCGACACAGCCUACUGCGAUGUGGAUGGGGCGUCGUUCGUGAUAUGGGAUGGUUUCUGGAUACCUUGUCUGGGUAUUUGCAGAAUGAUGUAAUCGACCUGGAGUUCAGAAAGCUGAAAGGGCUGUUUGGCGACGCUGGAAGCAGCAUGACUCCUUCCGGAAGCUUACAGUCUAUGCCGUCUGGGCCAUUACCAGUGGGUGUAAGCGCUACCAGUCUUGCAUCAACUGGGUCACAACUGGAUUUUACGACACUGCGUGCAAUCCAUUCAGGAUAUUUAGAACGGCUUCUAAACGGUUGUCUUUUGACCAAUACCGGCCUGACAUCCCUUCUACAAUCCAUUCUAGAAGUAUGCGAGCGCUUUGUAGCCCAGGUGGAACGUUGGGGAGGUGAUGUGCUACCAGCGUUGUUGUUCGAAGGGAGCCUGAGAGGAGGCGACGAAGAGAUUGGAGCAACUGUGAAGGAACGGGCUGGCGUCGUUGCUGAAAUCAACGAGGCAUUACAGGAUUUACUGGAAUCGUUUUACGAGCAGCUUUCACAGUCGACAUCUCAGACCUUUUCAACUGCUGGUGCUGAUGCCUCCAAGUCCGUCCUUAUAAACGCCAGUCUUGCCAACCACACAAUGGGCGGCUUGAAGGCAGUCGCCAGUGACAUGCGAUUGCCGGAACGUUUGCUGCUUCGAAUGGAUUUCAAUAAUGGCCUCACGUUGGUCCAUCGCGCAACUUCACCACAGCUCACCAAACAGCUAACAGAAUACACUCCUCGUCUCAUCGGCGCCCCCCAUACGCUUGAACAUCGGGCCUACAUCGAACAGAAUGGCUCAGUUGUUUCGCCUUUCCACGACAUUCCUCUCUUCGCCGACCAGAACAAUGGCAUUUUUAACAUGAUCGUUGAGGUUCCUCGCUGGACCAACGCCAAGAUGGAGAUUUCCAAGGAGGAGCCUUUCAACCCAAUCAAGCAGGACACCAAGAAGGGCAGACUCCGGUUCGUUCGCAACUGCUUCCCCCACCAUGGCUACAUCUGGAACUACGGAGCCUUCCCUCAGGCAAGUGACGCGAUUUCUUUUCAGCGCCUGCUAACAACGUCAUUUUCUUUUCAGACCUGGGAGGACCCAUCGCAGGCAAACGCAGAGACCAAGGCGAAGGGCGACAACGAUCCUCUCGAUGUCUGCGAAAUCGGUGAACAGGUCGGCUAUGUCGGGCAGGUCAAGCAGGUCAAGGUGCUUGGCAUCAUGGCACUUCUCGACGAAGGGGAGACAGACUGGAAGGUCAUCGUUGUCGACGUCCAGGACCCACUUGCCUCCAAACUCAAUGACAUUGAGGAUGUCGAACGCCAUCUGCCUGGUCUCAUCCGCGCUACCAACGAAUGGUUCAGAAUCUACAAGAUCCCCGACGGCAAGCCGGAAAACACCUUCGCUUUCUCUGGUGAAGCUAAGAACAAGAAAUACGCCACGGAAAUUAUCCAUGAAUGCCAUGAAGCCUGGCGCCGUUUGAUCACCGGCGAAUCGACUUCUCAAGACAUCGCCAUGUACUCCUCUUAUCUUGAAAAUGUGUCCAGACUAAAUAAUCUUUCCAGCGACAAUAUCACCAUUAAGAACUCUCCUGGCUUCCUCCAGCGAGACCAACACAAGUAUACUAGUCUUCCAGCUGACUCGAGAAAGCCCCCGGCACCAAUCGACCCAUCGGGUAAUCGAUUCCUCGUCUGCUUUGUGAUGCUCUGCUCAACUUUGAACAGUGUCCAAAUGGUGGUACAUCUCGUCCGCACCCGUUUAGAGGGCCAGAUGGCCAUACAACCUUUGUAG